UCCAUGCAGGAUGGAGGCGUCAUGCCUGGAGCUGGCCCUGGAGGGCGAGCGGCUAUGCAAGGCUGGUGACUUCAAAGCAGGCGUGGCCUUCUUCGAGGCUGCCGUGCAGGUGGGCACAGAGGACCUGAAGACACUGAGCGCCAUCUACAGCCAACUGGGUAAUGCCUACUUCUACCUGAAGGAGUAUGCGCGUGCCCUGGAGUACCACAAGCACGACCUUCUGCUGGCACGGACCAUCGGUGACCGCAUGGGGGAGGCCAAGGCCAGUGGAAAUCUGGGCAACACCCUGAAGGUUCUGGGUCGAUUUGAUGAGGCAGUUGUCUGCUGCCAGCGGCACCUGGACAUCGCCCAGGAGCAGGGGGACAAGGUUGGAGAGGCCAGGGCCCUCUACAACAUUGGCAACGUGUACCACGCCAAGGGCAAGCAGCUGUCCUGGAACGCGGCGCAGGACCCCGGGCACCUGCCACCCGACGUCCGAGAGACACUGAGCAGGGCCUCCGAGUUCUAUGAGAGGAACCUGUCCCUGGUGAAGGAGCUGGGUGACAGGGCGGCACAGGGCAGGGCCUACGGCAACCUGGGGAACACCCACUAUCUGCUGGGGAACUUCACGGAGGCCACUACCUUCCACAAGGAGCGCCUGGCCAUUGCUAAGGAGUUUGGGGACAAGGCGGCCGAGAGGAGGGCCUACAGCAACCUGGGGAACGCCCACAUCUUCCUGGGGCGCUUUGACGUGGCUGCUGAGUACUACAAGAAGACGCUGCAGCUGUCCCGGCAGCUCCGGGACCAGGUGGUGGAGGCACAGGCCUGCUACAGCCUGGGCAACACGUACACGCUGCUGCAGGACUACGAGCGUGCAGCCGAGUACCACCUGCGGCACCUGCUCAUCGCCCAGGAGCUGGCUGACAGAGUGGGCGAGGGCCGGGCAUGCUGGAGUCUGGGGAACGCCUACGUGUCCAUGGGGAGCCCGGCGCAGGCCCUGACCUUUGCCAAGAAACACCUGCAGAUCUCCCAGGAGAUUGGAGACCGCAGUGGGGAGCUCACAGCGCGCAUGAACGUGGCUGCCAGUGGCCGGCUGCCGUUGGACGCUGAGAAGGGGUCCUCCUCCUGGGAGGGCGGCGUGCAGGCGGAGCAGGGACCAGGCAGCCCUGCCGCCGGCCUGGGGGACUCUAGCCAGGGAUGCAGCUACGGGAAGCGAGCCUGGGUCCUGAGAGUCUGGGCGACCCUGGGGGAGACCCCCGCUCAGCCUGGCUCGCCGGCCUUCCUGGACCUGUCCAGUGGGGAUGGGGACGUGCAGAUCCAGAUCCAGAGCCUAUCGUUCCCAGCCACAUCCCUGCUGGCCUGUCUGAUAGAGGAUGCCCCUGAGUACCAAAAGGUGGCCACAGAGCCAGAACACUGGCCCAGAGGGGCCAGGCCCAAGAGGACGCAGAGGCUGAGCGCUGAGACCUGGGACCUGCUGAGGCUUCCCCUGGAGCGGGAGCAGAAUGGAGACAGCCACCACGCAGGGGACUGGCGGGGGCCCAGCAGGGACACGCUCCCCCUUCCCGUGAGGAGCCGGAAGUACCAGGAAGGGCCAGAUGCUGAGAGGAGGCCCCGGGAGGGCAGUCACUCCCCACUGGACAGUGCGGACGUCCGGGUGCAGGUGACUCGCACGAGCAUCCCCAGGGCACCGUCUUCGGACGAGGAGUGCUUUUUUGACCUGCUGAGCAGGUUCCAGAGCAGCCGCAUGGAUGAGCAGCGCUGUCCCCUGGAGGAGGGUCAGGCCGGGGCUGCCGAGGCCACAGCUGCCCCCACUCUGGAGGAGAGGGUCGCCCCGCCCUCGAUGACAGCCUCACCCCAGACCGAGGAGUUCUUUGACCUCAUCGCCAGCUCGCAGAGCCGCCGGCUGGAUGACCAGCGGGCCAGCGUGGGCAGCCUGCCUGGGCUGCGCAUCACCCACAACAAUGUGGGCCACCUCCGAGGUGACACGGACCCCCAGGAGCCAGGCGACGAGUUCUUCAACAUGCUCAUCAAGUACCAGUCCUCCAGAAUUGACGACCAGCGCUGUCCACCUCCUGACGUGCUGCCCCGAGGCCCCACCAUGCCGGACGAGGACUUCUUCAGCCUCAUUCAGAGGGUGCAGGCCAAGCGCAUGGAUGAGCAGCGUGUGGACCUCACCGGGAGCCCUGAGCAGGAGGCCGGCGGGCCCGAGCCCCAGCAGCAGUGCCAGCCUGGCACCAGCUAAAGCCUUGAGCCCUCAGCCAGGCCUGCCCUUCCCCCACUCCAGGACGCCGGGGGCUCGCCGUUAUCCAUGAUGCCCACGGCCCCCCAAGAAGCUGAAUCCUCCCAGGGCCAUGGCUAAGGACGAGCUCGCCCCCCAUCCCCGGCCCUCCCCACUGAGCCAACACCGGGCACGUGACCACCGCAGCCUCCCAUAGGGGGCGGGUGCACUUCUGUCCUGGGCCAGCCCCCACGUAGUCCACGGCUUCCUAGAGGAUCACCUGGCCCAGCCUCACUCCUGUCCCUGCCCCUGCCCCAGGCUGGGCCGGGCCUGCAGCAUGUUGGUCCCAGACCCGGUGCUGUCCCAACGACCCUCUAGGCCCUCUCCCCACUCCCCUCAGGCUCCAUCCCGUCCUGCCAAAUGUGAAAGCUGCCGUCUCCCACCCCCAGAAGUGUCUCUGAGCCUCUUCUCGGGGCCGCCUGUGACAAGGACAUGUUCUGCACCCCAAAAGCUGGCCCCAGGUGGCUACGUGGCAUCCACGCUCAGUACCCUCUGGCCUUGUGCCCGGGCAGGGCUGCCCCCACAUGCAGCCUAGCUGGAGGAAGAGGUCAGCAACCACAGCGUGCCCUCCCCAGAUCACAUGAGCCAGACAAGACAGUGAGGGGCAGCCUCGAGGUGCCCCCCGGAGUCCCCGGGACCCUUGAGGAGGGCUGGGCCUGUCUCAAGAGAAAAGGAAAGAAAGGUCCCAAACAACGUUUCUAAACUCCAAGUCCCCAGCAGGAAUGCCAGUGAGGCCUGGUUCUGGGGAUGCCGGCUGGCAGCGAGGGCCAGAGAGCCAGGGGGGCAGUGGCACUAGGCUUUGUGGCCAUGGCCCGAGUUGGGGGUCCAGCAGAAGCUUGGAGGGUUUGGCUCAGCUCAACCCUCCAGACCCCCCAAAUGAGAACUCCCUUCUCUCCCCACCAGCUGGGGGCGAUUACAUCACUGCCUUCUCUCCAAGGGAGGACCCACAAGGCACCAAGCUGGGGUCUCUGAGAUGCAGGCAGGCCCAUCAGGGGCCGUGGUCUCUGCUCCCGUCCAGACCCUGCCUCCGCCCACCUCCUGCAGGGCCCAAGGCAGUCCUACUGGAGAGCUCUGAGAGCCAUGUGUGGCCCCCAGCCCCCAGGGUGAAUGGUAGCCCCUCUCCAGAUGGUGCCACAUCUAGGCCCUGCUCUCUGAGCCUGGAACAGCCCAGGAGCUGGCGGGAGCCCAGGCAGGGCAGGGUGGAGGCCCAGCUCUGGGCUCAGGUGACCCCUCUUGAGAUGGAGGUGUCACCCUGAGGGCAGGGACAGAUGCCAGAGCACAGGGUCUCCGGGAUGGGCCACCCCGCAUACUUGAAUGUACAUGUGUAUUUAUUGCUCACACGUGUGUUUGCCAUGUUGUCAAUGGGUCCUUUCCAACCCAAGAGGUACAUUUGUUUUUCUGUUUUUCCCGAAGAAUAAAAUCUGCCAAGUUGAA